AUGGGCUUAUGCGUAUCGCGAGAGUACGUACGAUGGCCGACUGCUCAAAAUGUGGACAGUACGCUAGACGUCGAAGAUGCCGAAAACAGGUACCAUAAUAUGCGUUUUGCGAGUGUGUGUCGAGUGUCUUCUAUAUCUUCGAGUAAACGCAACGGAUAUCAACAGCGUGGAACGUCGUUUUGCUUGUUAUGCCAAUUCAGCAAAUGCGUGACGCGUUUAUCUUGCAUAUGCGGCAAAUUUAUGAAUGAUAGUCCAGCCUGGGUUCAGCUCUUGUGA